AUGGCAGUCGUUCCCCGUCCAUCUAAAAUCCUCACCACCGAAGAGGUGCGGUGGCGAGACACCUAUGAAUCACUCCUCAGCAAGGGUUUCCGACUGCGUAAAAGAUACCAUCCCAAAUGGAAACCCACUUGGACAACCGACAAAUAUCCGAGCGCAGAAGAUGCGAUGGAGUUGGAAGAUGAGCCUGGAGACACAAACGACGCGUUGGUCAUUGGCCGUGCUGAUUUACCAAAGCAAGUUGUUCUCAAAUUUGCGACCGACACGGAAAUCGAAAUACUGAAGCAUCUGCACUACGUUACCAAUGAAGGAGAGGUCAAUCAUAUCAUCCCGCUCCUCGAUGUCGUUCCCUGCGACGACGGUGGUCAUAUCCUUGUCAUGCCGUUCUGUGGACACAUCGAGGACAAGCCAUAUUUCACGACAUCGACUGAGCUCUUGAAUGCUGUCCUUCAAAUAACACAGGGACUCGAAUUCAUGCACCGCCAUCGUGUCGCGCAAGGCAAUGUGCAUCUUAGAAACUUAGUUGAGGAUCGGUCAAAGCUGGUCCCUGACGGCUUCCACUUUAUAAGAAACGACUGCAACGCCGAGUUUACAAGGCCAAUCAAAGUCGAUGCUCGUGGGCGCUCUAGCCUCAAACCACUGUGCUAUCUCGCAGAUUUCAGUGCGGCCAAGAUUGUCAUGCCUGGGGAUGGAGCCAAUGCCAUGUUUUUGCAGGAUGUCCGACAAUUGGGGCACAUGAUUGAUGUCCUCCACACGAAUUACAGAAAUUCAUUGCCGCUCCUCACAAAACUGACUGAUCGGAUGAUGGAUCACGAUGAAGAAUUAUCUGCGAAGAGCGUCGUCAAAGAGGUGGAGAAACUCUUGGAAGGCAACCCAGUUGCACUUCGCCAUGGGUUUGUCUUGUAG